AAAGCCAUAUAGACGUUAAUGAAGAAACAGGAGAAAAAUGACGUGACGGUUGGGAUUAGCUGAAACAGAACAGAGCAUAUAUUUGAGCGGGAGUGGGGUACAGCCUGCGCAAAAAUUCCAGAGGAUAGAGCCAAAAACCACGUGAGAAGUACGGCAUGGAGCCCGGUGCAUCAAGAUUACUCGUUCACACAACCCACUUUUCAGUAGUACGAAAGAUCAUCGUCGAAUGGUCGAAGAGAUCAGCCGUUCUGGGAGCGUAGUCUGAGCGGAAGAAAGAAAGAAUUGCGAUAAUGGAAGAUAAUUCAGCAGCGGAGCCGCUUAUCAAGAAACAAGGAUAUCAUGACAACUGCGAAGCGUGCAAGAUUGAGAGAUUCAAAGAAUCUAAUACUGGGAUCCCCUUCAAGCUUUUGUUUUUUGUCUGGGUUGUCACUCUUGCUGCGGCUCUGCCAAUCUCGUCUCUCUUUCCUUUCCUUUAUUUCAUGACUCGGGACUUCCAUAUUGCAAAAAGGGAGGAAGACAUAAGUUACUAUGCUGGAUACGUGGGAUCUUCAUUCAUGUUUGGAAGAGCUUUGACUUCUCUUCUCUGGGGAAUGGUGGCUGAUAAAUAUGGUCGGAAACCAAUAAUAAUGAUUGGCACAAUUAUAGUGGUUGUAUUCAAUACACUGUUUGGUCUUAGUGUAAACUAUUGGAUGGCAAUUUCGACAAGGUUCCUUCUCGGAAGUUUGUGUGGAAUUCUUGGUCCUAUGAGGGCAUAUGCUUCAGAAAUCUGUCGUAAAGAACACCAAGCUUUGGGGAUGUCUGUCAUUGGCACAUCCUGGGGCAUAGGCUUGGUCAUUGGUCCGGCUGUUGGUGGUUUUCUUGCACAGCCUGCAGAGAAGUAUCCUCAGAUCUUUUCUAGAGAAUCUCUGUUUGGGAGGUUUCCAUACUUUUUGCCUUGUCUUGUGAUAUCAGUCUUUGCUUUGGUGGCAUUCAUCAUCUCGUGUUGGCUUCCUGAAACUCUUCACAUCCAUUGUGAAGAAAACAUCGCACGAAAUUCCAGAGAAGCUCCACCGGAAGAUAAUACAUAUGAGUCGAUUCAGUCACAGGAAAUGGAAGUUUCUAAGCUCCAAUCCACUGUCUCUCAAAGAAGCCUCUUCAGAAAUUGGCCCUUAGUUUCUGCUAUUAUAGUGUAUUGCAUUUUCCAACUUCAUGAUAUGGCAUACAGUGAGAUAUUCUCAUUGUGGGCUGUCAGCUCAAGAAAGCUUGGGGGCUUAAGUUUUAGCACUUCGGAUGUUGGUGAAGUUCUUUCUGUUACAGGGUUUGGUAUGUUACUCUUUCAGCUCUUUCUAUAUACUUGGAUAGAGAGGAUGCUGGGAGCCAUCUUGGUUUCUCGUAUUGGAGCUGUUAUUACAAUACCAUUGCUGUCGAGCUAUCCAUUUAUAGCCAAAUUAUCUGGUCCGGUUCUCUUAUUGGUGCUAAAUUCUGCAUCCUUGUUGAAGAAUGUACUCUCUAUAUCCAUCACAACAGGCCUGUUAGUUAUUCAAAACAGAGCUGUGGCCCAAGAACAAAGAGGAGCUGCAAAUGGCAUAUCUAUGUCUGCUAUGUCCCUUUUCAAAGCAAUUGGCCCUGCAGCUGGGGGUUCACUACUCUCUUGGGCUCAAGGCAGGCAGCAUGCAGAGUUUUUACCAGGUACACGAACAACUCUUGUGUUCACAUGGUUUUCUUCAUUUUGAACGUGGUUGAGAUUGUCGGCCUCAUUAUGACCUUCAAACCCUUUCUGGCUCACCCCGAGGACGAGAUCUCCGAUCCGGAGCCUGACCCUGAAAGCCACAGAAGUUAGACUAAACUAGAGACCUCUUUCAUUGAUUCAAAUGCAGGGAUUCGUGUGAAUCUCAAUACAUGAACUAGAUUGGUGCAAAUUAGCUCUACCCAUGUGGUGGUAUUUGUUGUCUGAAAUAUGUUCAUCUAGAUGAGUAGGUACCCUUUUUUUGUCACAGUGACAGUCUGCUUUUAAGCCCACUUUUGAACCUGCUGUAGCAAUACAAUGUGUAUGAAGAAGUGUAAAGAUUGAGGGUGAAUAAGAUCAGUAUCUUCAGUGGUACACAAUUCUGGUGGA